AUGCCGCCGAAGAAAUUGGUAGAAAAAUCAUCUGCUGGAGGAAAAAAACGAGAGAGAAACGUGAACGAAGUGGCGAAGAACGCGCCGGCGAAAUUGAUGAUGACGACGACUUCGGCGUCGAAAAAGGCGAAGAUUACGGUAAAGAGUGCGAAGAAAAAGAAGGCGAGUAAAGAAGAAGAAGAAGAAGAAGAAGAAGAAGAAGAAGAAGAAGAGGAGGAAGAGGAGGAAAAUGUCGUGAUUGAUGAAGACAACGAGAAUAACAGAGAAGAAGUGCGACGACCGCACUCGUACGUCGGGGUGUCCGAUCCACCGGUGUCAAAGAUUCUCAAAGAGAUUAAAGAAGCCAUCAAGGUUUCCAACGAAAAGAAUGUGCAAGCGCACAUAGGUUUAUCGAGUCAGGAGGUGCAACACUUGACGAUGGAAGCCGCGCGGUUCUUUCUCUUCCAAACGGAAAAGAACGGCAACGCGCCGAUUCCUCGAGCGUUGUACACGGAAGCGAUGGCAAAGAUCAUGAAAGGAAAGAAAGUCAGAAACGUGGCGAGUUACAUUUUGCCUCGUGCGCAGUUGCGGUUGUUGGACUAUCUCGGUUUGGAAUUGAAAGAAGUCCAAAGAGUGACCUCGCAAGUGGAACAGAGCAAGAGCAAAAGUGCAGAGACUACGUCGACGACGUCGUUCAUUCUUCGUUCGGCGCAGCCAAUCGACGCGCGCGUCAAGUUUGUGGACAAGCACAUUUCCAAAACGAAAAAAAUGUGGAGAGGACUCGUUAUCGCGAUAUCGUCAAUCAUUCAAGUUAACGGAGGCACGAUGGAAGAAUCAGCGCUGUUUCGAGCGCUCGGACGAUUCGGUAUGCGAGCCUCCUAUAACGGCAAAGGACCUGGAUUAGGAAAAUGGUCCAACGAUUUUGAGUGCAAGCAUUGCGAAAUCAUACCAAAGCUCGUUUCUCGACGCGUUCUUUUACGAGAUAAAAUCACCGCGGCUUCUGGAAACGACUUCACUUACCAAUACGAACUCGGCGAAGGCGCGUUGGAGCACUUUUCGCAAGAGCACUCCAAACAGUUCGUCAAGGAGAUGAUGCACUCGUACAAAGAAGAAUUGCAGCCGAAUAUUGGUCCUUGA